AUGACUGCACACCUUGAGUGUCGAGAGUAUCGUAACUUUGCUAAUGAUACAUGUAAUUUUAUACGUACAACAGCUCACUGUGACAUGGAAAAUGGUUUUAUACCAUAUCUCGUAUUUCUGUUUUGUACUAUAGGUAACAAAUUAUUCGUUCUUGGACUAACACUAUUGGCUGGUUGGUUACUUGUUCUAUUCGUCGGUCUUGGCGUGACUGCUGAUUCUUAUUUUUGUCCUGCUCUUCGUGUUACCGCUCGAGUUCUUAAAUUAUCAGAAAAUAUUGCAGGUGUAACAUUUCUUGCAUUUGGUAAUGGUGCACCUGAUAUAUUUUCAGCUGUAGCAGCUGUUGGUAGUGCUAAAUCUGGCGAUCUUGGUUUAGCAUUUGGUGCACUUUUUGGUGCUAGUAUAUUUGUAACAACAGUUGUUGUUGGUUCAAUAUCUCUUUUAAAACCAUUUCAUUCCAUUCAACGACCAUUAUUACGUGACAUAGUUUUUUUUAUUAUUGUAACAUUUGCUGCUUAUGUUAUAAUGUAUGAUGGAAAAAUCCAUUUAAUGGAAAGUUUAUGUUUUAUAAUAAUGUAUGUUAUUUAUUUAAUUCUUGUAAUUGGUGGACGUUUUAUAAAUCAACGAAGAAAAGCUCGUCAAGCUCUAUUACAAGCUGCACAAAUGACAGCAGUAACUAAAACUUCUGCACCUAUACAAAUAAACGGACAAACAUCUAUAUGUGUUAAUGAUAUUAAUGCAGACACUCCUGAUGAACAUUAUUCCCAAGCUGAUGUUUCAUUUGCAUUAUCACACCGUCAUGAAUUUUUACCACGGGAUGAUAUACCAUGGGCAAAAAGAAGUAUAUUUAAUAAAAUUUUUUCAAUAAUUAAAUCACCGAUUAUACUCAUUCUUCAUCUUACUAUUCCAUUGGUUGAUUAUGAUAAACCGAAAAAUAAUUGGAAUAAAUUUUUGAAUUCAUUUCAUCUUCUUUCAAGUCCGUUGGUUAUGUCAUUUUUAACAAAAUGUUAG